CUUUUUUAUUUUCUGUUUUAUUCCAUAUAUUAUUAGCUAAGAAUAAAAAAAACACACAUUAAUAAAUUAAUAGAUUACUAUGAGCUCUGAAAGUGAAUUUGAAGAUGAGUGUAUGUAUGAAGAUGAAUCUGAUUUCGUUAGUUCGAUGAGUGAAAGUGAAGGAUAUAGUAGCAAUGACGAUGUCAAUGAUGAUAUAUUUGCAGAGAAACAACAGAAAAAAGCAUAUGAAGUAGAAUAUACAGUUCUUAAUGCAGCUGCUUUAAAGAAUAAACAAGAUAAAGAAAUAACUCAAGUUUCAAUUAUUUUAGGCUUAUCAUCUGAAGAUGCUUCUACAUUAUUACGUUAUUUCCGUUGGAAUAAGGAAAAAUUAUUUGAACAAUAUAUGGAUUCAUCUGAAAAAGUAUUAAUUCAAGCAGGUGUUUCCUCUGUCUGUGAUUUAAAGCAUGCCAUCUUACUCGCAAAAGAUGUGGCUCCUGAAUUUAUGUGUGAGAUCUGUUGUGAUGAUUCACCAGAAAUGCAGACGAUUGGUGUAUCAUGUGGACAUCGAUUUUGUAGAACAUGUUAUACACAUUACCUUGUUCAAAAGAUUAGAGAAGAAGGUGAAAGUAGAAGAAUCCAAUGUCCUCAGAAUGAAUGUCCAGUGAUUGUUGAUGAAAAGACGGUAGAAUUGUUGGUAGAUCCUGAUACAAAUAUAAAAUAUCGUGAAUUGUUGAAUAGGACUUUUGUAGAUGACAAUGACUUUUUAAGAUGGUGUCCAGCUCCUGAUUGUGAAUAUGCCAUUGAAUGUAGUAUUCCAAGUACCUCACUAAGUUCAAUUGUACCUACUGUUGAAUGUAAAUGUGGUUGUCGUUUUUGUUUUGGCUGUGGAUUAGAUGAUCAUCAACCUUGUAUUUGUAUUUUAGUUAAAAAAUGGCUACAAAAAUGUGAAGACGAUUCGGAAACAGCGAAUUGGAUUUCAGCUCAUACAAAAGAAUGCCCUAAAUGCCACUCAACAAUUGAAAAAAAUGGUGGCUGCAAUCAUAUGACAUGUAGAAAAUGUAGAUAUGAGUUUUGUUGGGUCUGCAUGGGACCUUGGUCCGAACAUGGAACAUCAUGGUAUACAUGUAAUAGAUAUGAUGAAAAGAGUAGUGAAGAAGCUAGAGAUAGUCAGACACAAUCUAGAGCGAGUUUAGAGAGAUAUCUUCAUUAUUAUAAUCGUUAUGCAAAUCAUGAACAAUCAGCUAAAUUGGAUCAAGAUUUAUAUCAAAAGACAGAAAAAAAGAUGGAAGAAAUGCAACAGACUAGUGACCUUUCAUGGAUUGAAGUUCAAUUCCUUAAAAAAGCAGUUGAUGUAACAGUUCAAUGUAGAACAACAUUAAAAUGGACAUAUGCAUUUGCAUUUUAUCUUGACAGAACGAAUCAAACAGAAUUGUUUGAAGAUAAUCAACGUGAUUUGGAAAUGGCUACCGAGCAAUUAUCAGAGUUAUUGGAAAAACCCUUAGAACCAGAAAAAAUUGCAGAAUUAAGACAAGCUGUAUUGGAUAAAACAGUUUACGUUAAAUUGAGAAGAGAGAUCUUACUUGAAGAUACUGCAAAGGGUUUACAAGAAGGAAGAUGGACUUUCAAAGCAUAAAUAAAUAAAUAAAUAAAUAAAUAAAUAAAUAAAUAAAUAAAUAAAUAAAUAAAUAAAU